AUGACGUCUUCUUUGCCUGGCAACCGCGAUUUGCCUGUGUCGCAAUUCGACCUCAGCACCUACUGGGGUCGCGUGCGGCACUCUGCCAAUAUUUCAGACCCGAGGACGUUACUCACAUCCGCCGCUGGCCUCGAAAAUGCGAAGAAGCUCGUCACCGCCUACAAGACAGGCAAGAUACCAGAAAUGACACCAGAGCUCUGGGAUGCAAAGAAGAUAAUUGAUUCAACAAUUCACCCAGAUACAGGAAAGCCAGUCUUCCUACCCUUCCGCAUGUCCUGCUUCGUAUUGACAAACUUGGUUGUCACGGCUGGCAUGCUUACACCAGGCCUUGGGACGGCAGGAACACUCGGAUGGCAAGUGACGAACCAGUCGGUCAAUGUCGGAAUCAACUUCUCCAACGCGAACAAGUCGAUUCCUCUCUCGACCUCAACCAUUGUCAAAUCAUACCUCCUUGCUGUCAGCGCAUCUUGUGGUGUUGCCGUUGGCCUGAACGCGCUAGUACCCCGCCUCAAGAGCCUAUCGCCAAAUGCAAAACUCAUCGCGGGGCGUUUGGUACCAUUCGCAGCUGUCGCUACAGCAGGUGCGCUCAAUGUCUUCCUCAUGCGCGGUGAGGAGAUUAGGCAGGGCAUCGAUGUUUACCCAGCCUUGUCGGAGAUCGACAGGCAUAGGGUGGAGACUGGCGAUCUCGAGGUCAAGCCCCUAGGUAAAAGCAAGAAAGCUGCAACACUUGCUGUGGGAGAGACAGCGCUGAGUCGAGUGCUCAAUGCUACGCCCAUCAUGGUUCUGCCGCCCCUCGUCCUUGUCCGAUUACAAAAGACAGAGUGGCUCAAACAGAGGCCGAGAAUGGUAACUCCAAUCAACUUGGGCCUUAUUUUUACCACUUCCAUCUUUGCACUCCCGCUUGCACUCGCUGCAUUUCCGCAACGCCAGGCUGUUAGCGCAAAAUCUUUAGAGCCCGAGUUUCAUGAGCGAGGCGGCAAGGAUGGAUUAGUGGAGUUUAACCGUGGGAUAUGA